UGUCCUCUGGGUCUGGGUCUGGGCCUCAUCCCCAUCCCAAUCCAUCUCUAAGAUUCAAACAUCAUUAUCAUUCAAACUCAAUUCACUUCACAAGAUGCAGCACCAGCACCAUCUCUGAGUUCAUCAUCUUCACUCUUCCGGGUAGAUGGUGGUAUGCGGGAGGUGCGUGAGGUCCAUUUUUGCUCAGGCUGCGAUCUUCACCACCAAGCUCACCGGCGUUCCGUUCGUUUCUGCUCGCUUUUCGAAUCGUGGAUUUAAGAUCAUCGCAAGGUUAGGGAUGAUGGUUGAUACGGGUUCCAUUUCAAGGGCUGGACCUCUGGUAGAUAUGGUUCCCCAAAAAGAUGAUGCUGCUUCUGCUUCUGCUGGUGGUGGUGGUGGUGGUAGUAGCAGCGGCGGGUUUGCCACCGGAGGGUGGAAGAGCGAAGAUAAAAGACUUAGCUGUGGGUACUCAAGCUUUAGGGGGAAAAGAGUAACCAUGGAGGAUUUCUAUGAUAUUAAGACAUCAAACAUAGAUGGUCAUUCAGUAUGCUUAUUUGGAAUAUUUGAUGGUCAUGGUGGUUCUCGUGCUGCUGAGUAUUUGAAGGAGCAUCUAUUUGAUAAUCUCAUGAAGCAUCCAAAGUUUUUGACGGAUACCAAGUUGGCUAUAAAUGAAACAUAUGAGAAGACUGAUGCUGACUUUCUCAAUUCUGAAAAAGAUACCUUUCGGGAUGAUGGUUCUACUGCUUCAACAGCAGUUUUGGUUGAUAACCAUCUUUACGUUGCCAAUGUUGGAGAUUCUAGAACUGUAAUAUCAAAAUCUGGAAAAGCAAUUGCUCUCUCUGAGGAUCAUAAGCCUAAUAGAAGUGACGAGCGGAAGAGGAUUGAGAAUGCUGGGGGUGUUGUCAUGUGGGCAGGUACUUGGAGAGUUGGUGGGGUGCUAGCAAUGUCCCGUGCCUUUGGCAAUCGAAUGCUGAAGCCUUUCGUUGUAGCAGAACCUGAGAUCCAGGACCAAGACAUAGAUCAAGAAACUGAGCUGCUUGUUCUUGCAAGUGAUGGACUCUGGGAUGUAGUACCAAAUGAGGAUGCUGUUUCUCUUGCCCGCAAUGAAGAGGAGGCCGAAGCAGCAGCUCGUAAGUUAACAGAAAGCGCUUUUACUCGUGGUAGUGCAGAUAACAUUACUUGUAUUGUGGUGCGCUUCCACCAUGAAAAAGCACACUUAGCUGAACCUGACAACGCUGGUCCAGCUAGCAGUCAUCAUGAAUAGAGAGACAAUGAAGUCACGCACACAUGUGUCUGACAUAUUCAGGGUAAUAUUGAAUGAACACACUGAGGGCUGCACAUGCAAUGCAAGAUGUCAAACAAGCAAUUUGUUUAUUCAUCAGUUUUGUAAUCUAAGUCACUCUUUCAUGUUAUUGGAUGGAUUCAUGGCUUCCCCAAAACUGAUUCCGGUGUUUGCUCAUAAAUAAGUUUGCGGCUUGUAGAGUCAUCGGUAUGGUAAUUUUUUAAUUUUGCUUUUUAUUUAAUAAUUUUAUAAAUACAACAUGCAAUUUUUGGAGUUA